AGUCAGUAAUGAUGGGAUAAUAAUAAAAGUAUGAAAGAAAGAAUGUACAAUCCAUCCGUCCUUUCUGAAGAAUGAAGAAAGUAAUGGAAUGGCUACACACCUUGGCCAAUUCUUCCUCGGAAAUAACACUUUCUUCGUUGUUUGCACCAGUUGUAUCAUUCUUGUCUGUGUUACUAGUGUCUGUUGCUGCAGUGGUAUCGGCUGGUUCGGUAGGAUCAUUGGCGGGAUUCUCCGUCGCCGGAUCCACAGGUUUUUCACUCGAGUCCAUUAUUUUGGUAUUGCUCGUUUUCUGGGUGCUCAAAAAUGCUCUCGAUUCGAUGGCAAAGACAGAGGGGUUUGUCUGCUGAUUUAUUGUUUGAAUCUUCCCAAUGCUGGAGGGGUAGCAAUAAUGCAGUGGCUUAUAUAAUGGUCUUGGCAAUCCCGAUGGAUUCCGCUUGUUGCUCUGAUGAAUGCAGCGAAUCAGUCUUGAAGAAGAUAAGGAUGUUGGCCUGAACUUGGUAAGCAGCAUUCAAUAACAACCUUCCCUGACGUUCCACACCAAUCAGAGCGCUUCUUUACUAUUAUCAAACUGAUGAUUGUGAUUCCCGACCAAGCACGAAACGAACCACCCACAACUAACUAACUUGACAAGUGCUAUGAUUCCUUUUUUGUCUCAACGUCUCGUAUUAGGAUGCUCAAGCUAGCUAGCUAGUCUUUGGUCUUUUGCCGUCCACGAAACAAAGAAAACAACAACAAGCAACAACACGGAAGCAAAAUUAUCUGAGAGGACGGAGCAUUCAAAUCUUGUUUUUCCGGUGAAGGACGGUAUUUAGCGGAUCCUCCUUCUGUCCCGAAAUACCGAACCCUCGACAGAACUUUCGCUCCCGAUUGUGACGUCAAUUCGUAUUCCCUUUUUAAUCUGAUUGUAGCUUAGCAGGCUUUAGUAAUCUUGCGGGUCUGACGCGGGUUUCAUCUCCCCUCUCCACAUCAUUCCCAACCACACAAAACCAGAGCACUUUGGUCCUGAACUCACGAUGAACAACGGCCAAGAUACAAUAAAGGUGGGGAGUCUGGUGGAUACUCUGUAUUUGUAUUCGGAUCAAUGUCCGGUUUUGCUGAGACAAGCGCUGGCACUGGAGGAUUCGGCCAAGGCGGCGGCUGAUAACGCAACUCGUCGACGAAAACAGGAGGAUAGCUCUGAUGACGAGGAAGCAGACACUGCAGGAGUGGCCUCGUCGUCUUCUUCAUCCUCGGAAGGAGAAGAGGAGGAAGAAGGGACGGCCAAAAGUGGAGAAACUGAAUCCGGUGAUACUUCUACUACUGCUGCAAAAUCAGAGGCACCUCCCACAAAUACCAGUAGCAGCAACAGCCAACCCAAGCCGAAGAAAAAGAGCAAAGCCAAGCCCACUCAGACCGAACAGCAGCGAAAUUUCACCGUCAAGAAAUUUGUAGAAAACUUGAUAUGUGAUGCCAUGCCGAUCCACGAUGCCGAAGCAGUGUUGUUGCCCACGGCCCUGCUGUCCAAAGGACAAGACAGCGACAUUGCCGAACGCCACUAUGUUCCAAAAUCACCCUGUCAAGAGUAUUUGACACUCAGCCAAGCGGCACAAGAAAACCAUGUGUUGGUCUUAUUGCUGCGAAGUGGACGAUUUGCGGCUGGGAUCUUUUCCAAAAGCAAAUGCCUGGUCCAUCGAGCCUGUCAACGGUACACGGUGCGCAAGGGUCAAGGCAAGGCACAAUCCACACAGGAUGCCAAGGGGCGGCCCAAAUCCAUGGGAGCUCAACUACGACGACAAGGAGAAGAAAACUUGCAACAAGACAUCACGGAAACAAUGCUGCAAUGGAAACCACACAUUGACAAGUGUGCACUCAUUCUGCUGUCUUGUCCCAAGGGAAUGAAAAAGUACCUGUUUGAUGCCUUGGAUGAGGCCGACGUGGGAAUUGGAAAGAAGGAUUCCAGGCUGAGGCGAUUGCCAUUGGACAUUGGAAAACCCUCUUUUGAAAAUGUCUGUAUUGCUCAUCAAGUCAUGAUGACUGUGCAAGUGCGACAGUGGACUCGUGUGGAUGAUGCUGCCGUGACCAAUGAGGAAGGGACUGUGUCGCAGCCGCCCGCGCAACAGCAACAGCAACAAAAAGAAACAGUUGAAGAAAAGCCAGCAAUUAUCUUUCCUUUGACACCUCUACACAAGGCUUGUCACGAGGGCAAUUUGUCCAGAGUCAUCGAGCUGCUUGCGGACAAAGAGCAGGUCGUUGCUUCAACCGACAAAGAAGAAGAAACUUCAUUGACUGUGGAACAAAUGAUCAACCGCCGCGUUGGUCCGGAUUUCAUGACCUGCCUCCACUACGCAGCCGAGGCUGCAUCCAUACAACGACAAUCUGAGCAGCAGCCGCAGCCAGACGAAGGGCAAACAAACACUGUGGACAACGAAACAGCGGCUUCCAUCGUUAUCCAUCUAUUGGUAGAGGGCCACGCCGACCCCUCCAUUGUAGAUGCCCGCAGUCGUCCGCCAUACUUUUUGGCAUCCCACGACAAAAUACGAGAUGCAUUCCGCAUGGCCAGAGCCACUCUUGGAGAAGACUACUGCAAAUGGGACACCAAAGCCAAAGUAGGGCCAGCAUUGACGGUAGACGAUCUUCAAGCCAAAAAGGAUCGAGAGGCCGAAAAGAAACGCAAGAAGCGUGCUCGACAAAAGCAGAAAAAGGCAGAGGAAAAGGCUCAAGCGGAACACGAUCAAAGACAACGGGAGCUGGCUGAAGUUGCUCGCAAACAAGAAGAGGACGCCAAGCGUGUUCGGGAUGGACUGCAGCCCAAGGCGGCGGGUGGUAAUGCUUGUGACUUUUGCCAAGUGGUGGUCAAAGGACGGAAGAGAAAGGACAUGUUUAGCAGGCUCGACUAUGUCUACUGUAGUUCCGAGUGCGUGCAGAAACACAAGCGAGAGCUCAUGGCCGCAGCAGCCAUGUCGCGCUCUGGGGGUUCCUGAAUGUCGUGAAGACAGAACGAUGACUGAUGAAGACUCAUAGAUAGAUAGGAAAGUUGAAAGUUGUUCAAUAACGGGCAGUACUCUAGAGGUUAUGUAACAUUGAUUUGUUGGAUGCAGCCUCCCCCAUCUUAGAAAUCGAGCUCCUCGAGGGUGCGGUCGAUAAUGUCCGCAAGUCUCAUCGCUUCACCAUUGGCACGAGGCCAAUUGUUUCCUCUGACUUCCACCAGGGUUGGGUAGUUGCCAGGCAAGUUGUUCAUCCCUCGGUCAUCCAUUACAAAGUGGAUCGCAGGAACGUCCAAGGCCUGGCCUCGACGGUUCGCCCGUUCGCCACAAAGCACUUCUAUCACACUCACCGGCCUCUCUCCCAGGCCCACCACAAAAUCGUGCGUGGCAGCUCCUGAUGUAGCCCCCGCCAGCGUAGCAUCUGUGUUCGGCUGCCCACUGUUGCCUCCGCGACUUGGCUGAUGAGGAGUCAUAGAAACUCUGCUCGGGAAGCCAGCAGGCCGUUGCCCCGUGGCUUUGAAUCCGUCUUUGACGCUUGCUGGGUCGUUCAUCAUCAUCUUCGGACACAUUGCUUUGAUGGCGGAUGUGAUUUGUUUGUGGUUUUAUUGAGGUCAAUCUGUUCAAUUACUGUGUGCUCUUCGACGCUGAUGGAACUAUGGAAAGAUCACAAACAAGUCCGAAGUCUGAUUGCUUUUGCCAAAACCGAAGGCUGGUGUGCUUGCCCGCGUUAGCUACUUAUCUGCCUUCCUGUUUCCUCUGUCGGGGAGGGGAAGAUGGGUCGUGCGUCGUGGGAAAGCUGUAGAAUAGUGAGGAGAUCUCUGCUUUAAAUUAAUUCACUACUUGUGGCUGCUAAAUAGAGGUCAGGAGCUGUUCAGGUAUUAAUAGCUAGCUUCUGGCUUGCCACCGGUAUAUAUUGCUCAGCCACCUCACACAUUUGCAUUAAAUACUCAGAGUGGCUUUUAAGUAUUCUGUGUUGUAAGAAGAACACUGUUGAAGAGUGUUGAAGUAGCCAUGAGAAUCCCAGCCUUUUGUUUCUUAAUUAAGAAGAAGAAUCGAAGAAGGCAAAGUUGAAGAUUCUUUCCUUUUUUUAAUUGAUUUCUUUCCAAGGACGAAUUCCCCCUCCCCUCCUUCUGAGGUGCAGUUCACUUGCCCAACUCACUGAUCGCUGGAUUUAUAGCACUGGUAGCAGUACGAAGGCAAGUAUUAGGCUUCGGUAGAUGGCAAGAUGGCUUGGGCGACCCACAGUAUAUAGCUAGCCGACCAGCCAGAAAGAAGGAACAGUUGAACCUCGCAAUGGCCAUAAGAGCAUCGGAGCGGCGGUGACAUAGGCACUUGAAGGAUGGCAAUUGAAUGACUGUUUUGCUUACAAACUUUCAAGUUCUAAAAAAGAAUAAUGCUGUCUGGCCACUGGCCACAGUGGUAGACAAGCUAUGAAUAGUAGACACCAAAGAAAAGAAUCCUGAAAGCGAGGAGAGAUCCAAUUAGUUUUUUGCUUGUCCCUUCAUAUAUAUCAGAACGGCAGAACAAUACUGGGUGGUUUCUCAUUCAACUAUGAACUCGUUUUGGUCAUCAUCAAACACUGUGUCGCUUGUAGGAUGUUACUUGGUGGAGCUCCUGGUACUAGGCUGUUUGGUUGUUUGGCGAUCUAAGUGCGAAGCACUUUGGUGGCAAAACUUCCCGAAACAACGCACAAGAGGCAGACUCUCAACUCUCGAAAAUGGUUUAAAUCUUGACAGCUGUUCUUGUGUGUGUCUGUAUUGGUAUCUGAGCUGGUAUCUGUAACAUUGUGUGAUUGUGUGGGCUUUCGGCUUUGGGGUCAGGUGGAAUGGGUGUACUGGUUUGAAAAGGCCAAGAGAAUAUUGAAGAAGCAAGGAAGGGAAGUGCAUGACUGGAACUUGACUUACCAACAAUAAAGCUUUUCGAGCUCCACCUGCUGGUGAAAGCAAAAGAAGAUUGUCAGACGUCAGACGGGUAGGUGACGCUGCUGGCCACAUGUUGUGGAGAGGAGAUAGAUAGACUAUUAAUAGAUGAGCUACUAGAUGCAAAGAGCUAUGCAAAGAUAGAUCAUCAUAAUCACCUACCCAGUACUCUAAGAUCUAGUAGUGUGUAGUGAUCAACUACAGCUUCAACUACUCACCAAUUACGUUUGUAGCUCGAUUGUUCGGCAUUUUCUUAUUAUGUGGAGUAUUUGUUUUGGUGACCCUCCGCGGAUCCGGUGCUCUUCAAAGAACAGUGGAGGCUCCCCUUCUCUUUCUUAAAACCCAUGCCUUCGCUCUCUUGCAGUUUGACCAUCAUGAACCGCUUCCGAUAUGUUUCUUAUAGUGCAGGCCCCUCCACGCAAUAAGAAUUGAAGUCGGCGAACUGUUGCGUCAUUCAAAAUAAUAACGAAUAAUAAAUAAAUAAAUAAUUAAUGUUUCUUGUUGCUUCACAG